GUAUAAUACUAGGUCAAUGGUCCGUGGCCUGACUCCAGAUGAGGAAAUUUAUGGAGUUCCUGCAGCAUGGUGCUGCGGCGAUAAAGGGAUCAUUAGCUUGAACAAUCGUCUCAAGUCGAGUCUGAUGGGUAUCUGCGUUUCGAGAUAUGUCACGAAGUAAUUUUUGGAGUUGCACAAGUGCAUGCGCUUCCUUUGCUCUGUACUGCUGUUGCAACAUAGCUUUGUCCUGGGCUGGGGUUGCACGCUCCAAGUAAGGAGCGCACAGGAUUCUCUUGACAGACCCUUGAAAUUAAAGCAAUACGACGCAAUGUUACGUGGCAAUCUUGCAAUAGAAAUUGUAGGUCAUAGACCAUCGAGAACAUCGGUUGCGAUGAUCAUGAUGAUCGUUCAUGAUGGGAAACGACGGAAUCACAUGGGAUGAACCUUUAAGUCGGGCAAGAUCCAACGUUUGUCUAAGGUUUGUCUAACCCUUCUAAGC